CGUGUUGCAACCAUGUAUCAUACGAACGUCACGAGCCUCGCUUUCCAUCUCGACUCAUCUUUACUGCGCCAACGGCCUCGACUGCAGCAACCUGUCGUCCAGUCCUCCCUAAACAAUGUGCGCCUCGUGUCGUCGUCGACCACGUCCGAAAGCUACCACAUCUGGGAGGGCAGCGCCCAGUCUUGCACCUUCCCGUCCGGCGUCACGUUCCACUGGAAUAUCCUGAGCAACGCCCAAUCUCAGCCCAACUACUCCUCUGUCGGGUACAUCUUCCAGCCAUUCCUCCGCGCUACAGGUUAA